AUGGCGGGGCCGGGGGACGCACAGGCCGUGGCGGCCGCAGCACAACGGGGCCAGCAGCGCCCGCACGUCUGCCCUCCCGCCAGCCCGCGCCGCAGCCUCCUGCAAAUCUACAUCAAAAGGAGCAAAAAAUCGAUGUCUCCUCCCAAAGUGCCCAUCGUUAUUCAGGACCAUAGCCUUCCCUCAGGACCCCCUCCUCAAAUACGGAUCCUCAAAAGGCCCACAAGCAACGGGGUUGUCAGUAGCCCCAACUCUACCAGCAGGCCAGCCCUCCCUGUGAAGUCCUUGGCCCAGCAAGAGGCAGAAUACGCUGAGGCCCGGAAGCGGAUCCUAGGUAGUGCCAGCUCUGAGGAAGAGCAAGAGAAGCCCAUCCUUGACAGGCUGACCAGGAUCUCCCAGCCCGAAGACACCAGACAGCCCAAUAAUGUGAUCAGGCAGCCCCUGGGUCCUGAUGGUUCACAAGGCUUCAAGCAGCGCAGUUAA